UUUUCUAUACUACAUUACGUUUUCACUAUUUAAUACCCGACAAAUAUAUUUCUUGAUAAACAAAAUAAAGAAAUUAUAAAAAUAAGAAAUGUCGGGAAAAACUAAAUUUGAAGACAACAGUAACGACAUUGUGAUUACAGGCGUUUCAGGACAAUAUCCCAAUAGUAAAAAUGUUAAAGAAUUUGAAUAUAAUUUAUACAACAAGAUUAAUAUGAUUGACGAUCUUGAGACACGAUGGAAACACAUAUAUCCAGGAGUUCCAAAAAUGCUGGGUAAAAUUCCAUAUAUUAAUAAGUUUGAUGCGACUUUUUUUGGAAUUCAUCAAAGUCAAGCAGACCAAAUGGAUUUCCAGAUGCGUAUCUUACUUGAGGAAUCGUACAAAGCUAUCAUGGAUGCGGGAGUAAAUCCAUCUAGUUUGCGCAAUACCAACACCGGAGUGUAUAUUGCAGCCUGUGCAUCUGAAUCUGAUAUGUUUCUUAUGUAUUGCGAAAAUUCAGAAAAUGGGUUUGGUUUAUUGGGAUCAAGUAAAUCAUUGCUGGCCAAUCGUAUUUCAUUUGUCUUGGGUCUCAAUGGUCCAUCGCAAAUUUGUGAUACUGCAUGUUCCAGUUCAAUGUAUGCGUUAAACGUUGCUUAUGAACACAUGAAAAAUGGAAUCAUAGAUGCGGCAAUUGUUGGUGGAACAAAUGGAAUGAUAUGUCCUUUUAUAACAGCAAAAUUUGCAAAGCUUGGUGUUCUUUCGCUAACAGGAAACUGUAGACCCUUCGAUGAAGAUGCUAAUGGAUAUGUACGAUCUGAAGCUAUAAGUUGUGUUUUUCUUCAAAGAAAACGUGAUGCAAAACGAGUAUACGGAACUCUUGUACAUUCUGCAACGAACUGUGAUGGUUUUAAAGCUGAGGGAAUAACAUAUCCCUCUGGACACAUGCAGAUGAAAUUGCUUUCAAAAUUUUAUGAUGACAUCAAUAUUGAUUUAGACGAGUUGGGGUACAUGGAGGCUCAUAGUACUGGCACGGUUGUGGGUGAUCCCGAAGAAUGUAGAGCAAUUGAUCAAUCUAUAUGUAAAAGACGAAACAAUCCAUUGCAUAUCGGUUCUGUUAAGUCAAAUUGCGGCCAUGCUGAAGGAUCAUCCGGAAUAGUAUCCUUGACUAAAGUCUUAUUUACUUUGAACAACAAUUGUAUUCCGCCGAAUAUAAAUUUUUCAAAACCUCGCAAAGCAAUUGAAGGAAUUCAGGAAGGAAGACUUGUGGUAGUAACUGAAAAAACGGAAUUAAAGAAACCAUAUGUGUGCAUUAAUUCAUUUGGUUUUGGUGGGGCAAAUGCUCACGCACUUCUGAAGCAAUACACAAAUGAACAUUCAGUGUCAGCAUAUGGGGAAAACGAUUUGCCAUAUUUAUUGACUUGGUCGAGUCGUACAGAAGAAAAUAUAAAAACUGUGUUCGACAGUAUAGAAUCUCAGCCCUUUAAUUUGGAAUAUUUGGCAUUGAUGCGAUCAUCUCAAGCGGGUGGUAUUAAAGGAAUGUUGUACAGAGGAUACAAUAUUUUAAAAUCUAAAAAUCAAACGUCAAAACCAGAAGCCUUGUCAAGGUUAGUUCAAUACAAUGAUGGUGUUAAAUAUCCUAUUGUUUGGGUAUUUUCCGGAAUGGGAUCACAGUGGGUUGGGAUGGGCAAAGAUCUCAUGAAAAUCAAAGUAUGCUCAGAAUCAAUUUUAAAAAGCCACGCAACACUGAAAUCAAAAGGUUUGGAUCUCAUCAAUAUCCUAACAUCAGACAAUAUCGACACAUAUGAAAAUAUCCUUCACUGUUUUGUGGGUAUUGCUGCCAUCCAAAUAGCAUUAACCGAUCUACUUCGGCUUCUUCAAAUAAAGCCGGAUUUUAUAAUAGGCCAUUCUGCGGGUGAAGUUGGAUGCUCAUACGCCGAUGGAUGUUUAACUGCGGAGCAAGCAAUUCUAGCUGCUUAUUAUCGUGGAAAAGUUAGCAUUGAUGUUCAAACAGUUCGAGGUUCAAUGGCAGCUGUUGGUCUAGGAUUUAGGGACAUUAGACCAAUGCUACCACCAACAAUUGAAGUAGCAUGUCACAACAGCAGUGAAUCAUGUACAAUUUCAGGGCCAGUAGAUGAUGUUGCUAGUUUUGUUGAGUUUUUAAAAUCGAAAAAAAUAUUCGCUAAAGAAGUUCCAUCUGGAAAUAUUGCUUAUCAUAGCAGAUACAUUCAACAAUUUGCCCCUGAACUCUUAAAAUACUUAAAAAAAGUUAUUACUAAUCCAAAACUUCGUUCUGAACGGUGGAUUAGUACUAGCGUUCCAUCCGAUAAAUGGUUGCUUAAUGACAGUAAAUAUUGUUCAGCCGAAUACCAUACUAACAAUCUACGCAACAGUGUACUUUUCGAAGAGGCUGCAACAUAUUUGCCAAAGAACUCGAUAAUGAUUGAAGUAGCCCCGCAUGCUCUGCUUCAAAGUAUUAUGAAGACUUGUAACCCAGAUGGCAUCUAUAUCGGUCUGACUAGACGUAAUGCUAAAAACAAUGUUCUUCACCUGCUUGAAUCUCUUGGCAAUCUUUACAUAAAUGGAUGUGAAUUAAGUCUAGACGAACUAUACCCACCAGUUAAAUGGCCCGUCUCAAGGGGAACCCCUUCGCUGAGCAACUUGAUAGAGUUCGACCACUCAUAUGACCAUGUGGUUCAUUUUUAUGAAGACGAUUGUAUCAAAACAGGAAACAAAACAAUUACAAUAGCACCCAAUACUGAACACAAGUAUUUAUUUGGUCACGAAAUUGAUGGCAGACCAUUGGUGCCAGCCACAUUUUACAUAGAAAGUGUUUGGAAAUCGUUUGCAAUAAUGCAUGGCACUCUUGAUUUUGAAACUUUCGAUGUAGAAUUUGAAAAUGUUAGAUUUUUACGAGCUACAACCCUUUCAGCUAAGGAUCAAAUUAAACUUCAGGUCUCAAUCCAACGUGGAACCGGUGUAUUUGAGAUAACUGAAUCGAAAACUAUUGUUGCAAGUGGUGUAAUACGCAAAAUACCUGAAAAAUCUCAACCUCCUGUAAUAUUUUCGAAACCAAGUGGAGAAAAAGUAAUUCUAAUGAAAAAAGAUUUCUAUAAAGAACUUAAAUUACGUGGGUACCAUUACAAUGGAGAUUUCCAAUCUGUUGACUUGGCUUAUGGCGAUGGAUCAUAUGGUAAAAUAAAAUGGUUUCACAAUUGGGUCGCCUUUAUGGAUUGUAUGCUCCAGUUGAGUAUUGUACAAAAUGAUUCACGUAAUUUAGCGCUGCCUGUCAAAUUACGCUCUAUGCGCAUCUACUCGAAUUAUCAUAAAAACACCUUUGUAGAUAAUUGCGAAAUUGAGGCUUAUGCCGACAGUAAUCGUGUAGUUGCGGGUGGAAUUGAAAUCGUUGAUCUGAAAGCUAGUCAUAUUCAAAGACGAAAGCCUCCGGGCGAACCAGUUUUGGAGAAAUAUCAAUUUAUACCGAAUUUCGAAGCUCCUAGACUUACUGCUAACGAUAUAUCGAGAUGUUGUAUACAACUGUACUUGGAAAAUUUCUCGGUGGCCAAAUGUUCCGUAUUACAGGCUGUUAAUUCACCUGAACGAGAUUUUGUAUUUCUUAAUGGUUUAAUGCAGGCAAUAAAUGAUUUACCAACCGUACAGGGUGGUUAUAUGGUUUUAAAUAUGAAUCCAAAUUUAAAUUUUACACAAGAUUCUCAGGAAACUUCAAAUAUAAAAUAUGUCAGUUCUGUUGAGGAAUUAGAAGGCAGUGCAGACAUACUUUUGUUGGAUGAAACAAAUUUAAUUUCAGAUUUACUAAUGUUAGAACCAAAAUUAUCCACCAACUCUAUGGUUUUGAUAAAAACAACUCGUCAAAGUACUCUUGAAAAUUCGAAUUUGCAAAAGAAUUAUCACUUAAUAUCACUUAUACCUUGCUUAAAUAGCUCCUUUUCAAUAUUGAUUCUCUUAAAAAGGCAAUCUAUAGAGCGAUUAGCGGAUGAAAAUGUAGAAACAUUUAUAAAAAUUUCCGAAUAUGACAACAAGUUUCAAUGGAUUAAUGAGCUUAAAGGUGUUAUUGGAAAACGUGUAGUAUUGGUAGCCGAAAAUGAAAAACAUAAUGGUUUGAUUGGCUUAGUAAAUUGUCUGAGAAAGGAACCUGAGACUCCGAAUGUGCGAUGCGUUUUUAUAGAUGACAUGAGUGCUCCUGAGUUUGAUCCCAAUCUACCAUUUUACAAAAAUCAGCUAAAAAUGGGUCUCGCGAUUAAUGUAUACCGCCAGGGUCAAUGGGGAAGUUAUCGUCAUUUGGAAUUGAAACCCGUCUAUCCGGCAAUAGAACAUAGAGAUCAUAUUUGUGGUGCUAUUGGAAAUAUUGGAGACUUUUCAACAUUGCACUGGCAAGAAGGACCAUUCAGCCAAAAUAAUUCCAAAAUACGUAUAGCUUAUUCGGCACUUAAUUUUCGAGAUGUUAUGCAUGCUUCAGGGCGUCUAUCUGCUGAGGACGUUGGUCUAACGCGCCUUGAGCAAUCGUAUAUUUUUGGUCUAGAAUAUAGUGGCAUCGAUGAGAAAUCGGGCAAACCUGUCAUGGGCAUGGCAUUGCACUCAGCAGUAGCAUCCCAUAUGGAACCCAAUUCAAUGAUAUCAUGGGAGGUACCAACCCAGUGGACUCUACGAGAAGCCGCUACAGUUCCUGUUGUAUAUACAACUGUAUAUUAUGCUUUCUUCUAUACCGUUGAUAUAAGAACGGGAAAAGAUAUUCUUAUACAUUCGGGCAGUGGCGGAGUAGGAAUUGCUGCUAUUAGAACAGCCAUUGCAUACGGCCUGGAAGUAUACACGACUGUUAGUAACCUUGAAAAGAAAAAGUUUUUACUGCAAACUUUUCCACAACUUAAAGAAGAAAAUAUUGGAAAUUCUCGGGAUUGUUCGUUUGAAGAAAUGAUUAAGGUACGAACACAUGGAAGGGGAGUUGAUUUCAUCCUAAAUUCUCUAUCUGAAGAUAAACUGAAAGCUUCACUUCGUUGUCUUGCACCAAAUGGACAUUUUCUGGAAAUUGGUAAAUUUGAUAUGGCGAACGACAGUAAUAUUGGUUUGGGUGUCUUCUUCCAGGGACAAAGUUUCCAUGCAAUAUUAGCAGAUAAACUUGAACAAUAUGCUCCGCAUUUACUAGAUAAAAUUAAAAGACACGUCGCGGAAGACAUACAAAAUGGCAUAGUUAAACCUCUUCCAUCCACUAUUUUCAAACCAUCUGAAUUGGAACAUGCAUUCCGUUAUCUGAUGACUGCAAAACAUAUUGGUAAAGUUUUGAUAGAAAUUCGUCCUGAUAUAGAAUCACCUGCUACAUAUCCCGUUUCUGUGACACCAAAAGUAUAUUUCCACAAAGAACUCGUCUACGUAGUACCUGGAGGUCUAGGCGGCUUUGGUUUAGAACUUGUUGAUUGGAUGAUACUGCGAGGCGCACGAAAGAUUGUUUUGAAUUCAAGACGUGGAUUAUCGGACAAUUAUCAGAAACAUAGGAUUUCAAUAUGGAAUAGCUAUGAGUGUCAAAUAAGAGUAAACACGUCAGAUAUUACAACAGAAAAUGGCUGCUUAGAACUAUUAACAGAUUCUAUGAAACUCGGAAGUAUUGGUGGCAUUUUAAACUUAGCAGUUUUGCUUAAAGAUGGUAUUUUUUCUAACCAAACUAUUGAAAGCUUUCAGCAAUCAAUGGCGCCGAAAGCAUUCGCCACUAAGUAUCUGGAUAAGUUGUCUCGGAAGCUUUGUCCUAAAUUACAUUGCUUUGUCAUAUUCUCCAGUGUUUCCUGUGGUCGUGGCAAUGCUGGUCAAACUAAUUACGGUAUGGCCAAUUCUAUAAUGGAACGCAUUGCUGAAGAACGUGUAUCACAUGGAUUUCCUGCAAAGGCAAUUCAGUGGGGUGCAGUCGGAGAGGUGGGACUGGUGGCCAUUAUGGCGGAGGGGAAAAUAGAUUUAAAUAUUGGUGGAACCCUGCAACAACGCAUAAGUUCAUGUCUGGAUGUAUUGGAUAUCCUUAUGACAUCUCCAGAUCCGAUUGUCUGCAGUAUGGUGGUAGCGGAAAAGAAAAUUAUGGCAGAUAGUCAAACGGCACUUCAAUUCGUUAUGAACACUUUGUCGCUGACGCAAUUAAAAUCCAUAUCUGUUAAUUCUACUCUAUCUGAACUUGGGAUGGAUUCUCUUAUGGGAGUAGAGAUCAAACAAACGCUCGAGAGAAAUUUCGAUAUAACUUUAUCACCAGCAGAACUACGAGCCCUAACAAUUGAACGCUUAAAAGAACUUUCUGAACUACACAAGAAAAAGUGUGUUGAAACCGAUAAUAACAGCGAUAAUAACAACUUCCUUACCUUAAUGGAAAGUUUCUACUUCAAUGUUACAUUAGAAACUAUUAACUCUGAUUAUAUGCUUCCAGUAAACAAUGUCAAAUUAAAAAAUGAUCCGAUAAUUAUAUUUCCCGGUAUUGAAGGUAUUUGUACGAAAAUUUGGACACAAAUUGGAAUGCAAUUGAAGGCACCAGCUUAUGUUGUGCAGUUUUUAACAAAAUUUGAUUCAAAUAAUUUUAUCAAUGUUGUCAAAUAUACUGUUGAUAACAUUGCAAAGUUGCUAAAUGAUCGAGGUAUCAAAAAAUUUAGAAUCGUAGCUUAUUCAUUUGGUACUCUUAUCGCUCACAUUGUAAUUAAAUAUUUGGAAAAAUUGGGCUACACUGGUUCCAUAAUUUACAUAGAUGGUUCUCCAAUAUGGGUAGAAAACAUAAGUAAGGAAAUGAAAACAAUGAAAACUUUUGAAAUUGAAAAGCAAGUAAUUCUUUUAACCCUAAAAUCUAUUUUAACCCCGGAGCAAAUGGUGGAUUUUAAUAAAAUCCUUUCGGAUAAUAGUAAUCUGGAAACAAUUUUCUGGAAUAUAAAACAAAAUUUAAACAUUAAGAACGUAGAUGAAUGCUUACAAUAUUUAAAUGCCGUAUUAUCCGUUACGGAAGCAGUAAUCCACUCCGAAAUAUAUAAGUCGGUGGAGAUCAUUGAAUCAAAACUUUUGAUGAUAAGCCCAACAAAAUUAUUGCAACCAAACUUAGAUAAAUUCUAUGGUCUCAAACCGGUUACCAGAAACGUUAUAGAUGUCACAACUCUUGAAGGCGAUCAUCAAACUAUACUGCAGAAUGAAAAGAUUCCCAAAUUGAUAAACCAAUAUUUUGGCAAUGAGUUAAAUUAAACUAAUUAUAAUGUUUGUACGUGUGUAUAUAAAUUAAGUUCUGAAUGUAAUUAAGUGUUGAAAUACAUAUUUCUGGUCUUUGUAGCAGACAAACCUAUUAUUAAAUUGUUUAAGAAAAAUUA